AUGUGGAAUCUUGUAAAUAUACAAAAUCUUGUGAUUAUACAAAAUCUUGUAAAUAUACAAAAUCUUGUGAAUAUACAAAAUCUUGCGAAUAUGUGGAAAAGUGAAUCUUGUGAAUAUGUGAAAUAUAUGGAAUCUUGUAAAUAUACAAAAUCUUGCGAAUAUACAAAAUCUUGCGAAUAUACAAAAUCUUGUGAUUAUACAAAAUCUUGUAAAUAUACAAAAUCUUGUGAAUAUGUGAAUAACAAAUUUAAUAAAAAUCUAAAAUUAUGGUAUCCACGUCAUUCUAAUCCAUGUUAG